AGUUUCAACGGCAUCUGCACAUGUUCUUCCUCAAGUGAACUUGAUGAAUCUGAAGCUGCCGACAAGGCGUUUUUGGCACAUUUGGAGUUGCGAUCGGAGAAAAAUACGCAUGCUCAAUUCGUUGAAGUCAUCUCUGCCACACUAUUGCAAACUGCAGUUGAACACGCAAAGAAGGUG